AAAGUUGAGGGACCUCAGUGUAAUUAAGAGUCCUAGCAAAAAUGUAACUGAAGAUACAAAAAGGAGCUACAAAAACCUCUCCAAAUUCUAUUCUACUUCUUCCUCUUCUUGUCCUCGUCGCGCUUGUCAGCUGCGAGUACUCAACCCCCUGCUAUUUAUACUUGUUCGAUCCCAGCCACUAAAACCUCCAUCAACCCCCUCCCCCUCCCCCAAUCUUCAAUCUCAACCUUUUAAAAGAAAACAAAUCGAUUCCAAUUAUGAUUCAGUUACUAUUCAGUUUGAUAUUUGCAGAGAAGGCACUAAUCGUGAUCUUCGUAUUCAAGACGCCAUUAAGGAAGCUUGUUAUAAUUGGAUUAGACCGUGUGAAGAGAGGACGCGGUCCAAUUAUUGUAAAAACAGUAGCUGGAACUGUUUUCGUUGUUAUGAUGUCUACAAUCUACAGUGUUGCAUCGAUCCAUACAAGGUGGGUGGAUGAAGGUGCUGAUAUUACUCCUACUGAUCAGAUUCUUUUGGCUCAACAUCUUCUAGAAGCUUCUCUUAUGGGAUUCGCCCUCUUCCUCGCCUUCAUGAUUGAUAGACUACACCAUUAUAUAAGAGAACUUAGUAUAAGGAGGAAGACCAUGGAAGCUGUGAAAAAGCAAAACAGAGCCUUCGAGGAUGGAAAGAGUGGGGCUUCAGAGGAGAUAAAAACUUUGGAGGGGGAGGCAAGUGCAUUGCGUGGAAAGAUCAGGCAGCUGGAGUCGGAACUGGUGGAAAAGGCCAAAGAAGCAAGCAGUGCUGAAGCCAAUGCAGGUGCUCUUAGAAAGCAGUCAGAAGGAUUUCUUCUUGAAUAUGACCGCUUACUUGAGGAAAACCAAAAUCUUCGUUCUCAAUUGCAAUCACUGGAUCGUAAAUUGUCACGUUCUGAAAGCAAGAAGGUUUCGUAAAGAAUCAUAUCGCAGCCUAGUGAAGACCUGCAAUUUCUGUAAUGAUUUUGUUAAUACCUUGGUAUCGUCCCUGCUCAAAUGAGGGAUGAUACAGAGCUCCGAGAGUGUCAUUUUACUCUUAGUUUUCAUGUCCUAAAGAAUUCUGUUAUGCAACGGGGGUUAACAUUAUGAAUACUAUAUUUCUGUAGCAUUUGUUA